CUUAUUCAGAUACCUGAAGACAAAUCACUUCCAAAGUCAAUGAAUGAAACAAAUUAUUCACAGGUGACAGAGUUUGUGCUGCUGGGACUGUCCAGUUCAAAGGAAGUGCAACGUUUCUUGUUUAUGAUAUUUUCUCUGCUCUACCUAGCAAUACUGCUGGGCAACUUCCUCAUCAUCCUCACUGUGACCUCAGAGCCCCGCCUUCACACCCCCAUGUACUUUCUGCUUGCCAACCUCUCUUUCAUCGAUAUAUGUGUUGCCUCUUUUGCUACUCCUAAAAUGAUUUCAGACCUUCUGGUCGAACGUAAAACUAUUUCUUUUGAAGCCUGCCUGGCUCAGAUUUUCUUUGUUCAUCUGUUCACUGGUAGUGAGAUGGUUAUCCUUGUGUCCAUGGCUUAUGAUCGCUAUGUUGCAAUCUGCAAGCCUCUCCACUACAUGACCAUCAUGAGCCGCCGCGUGUGUAUCACUCUGGUCAUCAUCUCCUGGUGUGUGGGCUUCAUCCACACCACUAGCCAGUUGGCAUUCACUGUUAACUUGCCAUUUUGUGGUCCUAACCAGGUGGACAGUUUUUUCUGUGAUCUUCCGCUGGUGACCAAGCUAGCUUGCACAGACACUUAUGUUGUCAGCUUAUUAAUAGUUGCAGACAGUGGCUUUCUCUCCCUGAGUUCCUUCCUCCUCUUGGUUGUCUCCUACACCGUGAUUCUCAUUACAGUCCGGAAUCGCUCCUCCGCGAGCAUGGCCAAGGCCCGGUCCACCCUAACUGCUCACAUCACUGUGGUCACGCUGUUCUUUGGACCGUGCAUCUUCAUCUACGUGUGGCCCUUCAGCAGCUAUUCCAUUGACAAGAUCCUGGCUGUGUUCUACACCAUCUUUACUCCCAUUUUAAACCCAGUUAUCUACACUCUAAGAAACAAAGAAAUGAAAUCAGCGAUGUCAAAGCUGAAGGGCCGGUAUCUGAAACCAGGCCAGGUUUCUGGGGUAAUAAGGAACAUUCUUUUUCUGGACCAAGUGAAUUAAUAGGAUGGGAACUGUUUU